GACCUCAAAUGCCAUAAACUUCAGUUCAGAUCACACCGAUGUUUGCGGUUUAUGAAUUUCAUGUCUAUGAGAGCCGAAACUCCGUGCAGUCGUUAAUCAAGAACAGUUAUUCGAUGUUCGUAUCGCCGCAGCCGCCGAUUGCCACGAAGUGUGCUGCGACGAACGUCUGAUCCAACGUUAUCUUCGCGAACGCAGCAGUUGCCCCACUCGUCGCCGUUGAACCCGCGCCGAUAUUUGCGUUAUCAAUCAGCGAGUGGAGGCAAUUAUGUAAAGUAAACAACGACAAACUCAACGACGCCAGCAGCAGUCACGUUUCCACGCCGCUAUCACCCCACGCCGCCUCGUCAAUUCAACGCAUAAAAACGUCACUCCAAUUCUAAAGUACAUCACAUCACCUAGCGCGCUCAUGAUGGACGACCGGCAUGCAUACGAAAAACUCUCGAUUCGGGAUUCAGCAAGGUCUUCCAAAAAGUACGGAUCUACCAGCAAUCGCAACAAUACACGAAAUGAGUCCUACAUCAAACACUUUGUAACCAAAGCAGAUACUUUACAAGGCAUAGCGCUCAAAUAUGGAGUUACUAUGGAACAAAUACGACGUGCAAAUCGUUUGUUUGCAAGCGAUAGCUUAUUUCUUCGCGAACACCUGCUGAUACCAGUCACUGAAACGACAUCGACCACGGAUAUUACGAUUGUUUCGCCAGCGUCUUCUUCACAUGAGCAUGAUAGUGAACUGGGUGCAAACUCGCGUGUUACUUCGCCGAGUUACGACGAGGAUGAAGACGUGAAUGAUUUUCUCGGAAAGAUUGAUGCCGCCAUUGCGAGCACGAAAGCGGACGUAAAGAAGAUUCACAAGAAGAGUGAGUUUGUGGACGUCGAAGGCACCGAGAGGCGGAAACCGGCCGUGAGUCGAAUGCGGCAGAUGGUGAACAACAACGGCACUGCUGAUGUGGUGAAAAUGCCGCAAACUGUCGUAAUGACACAGGGGAAUAAAAUCAAAACUUCCAUGCAAAGGUUUCAACAACAGCAAGACGAGUUGUUUGAAUUGUAGCAGAAGGCCACGAUCGUGUACGUGAAUCGCUCCCGAGGAGUCCGUGUUUGAUAGCAUUACCAAUUUCUUGUCAUUCUCACAUCACUAUAAGUGUCAGCACGGAAGCGCAGAUAAGCGCGAAAGAACCAAAGGCUAUAAUGUCAUUGAAUCGUAGGUAGGAGUUGCAAUACAUUCGCUCGAAAUUCGUCCCCUAGAGAGAGUUUAGACAAUAACAAGACGCAUUCGUCUUCCGCAAACGAUGGAAGUCGCUUUGCUCUUGACGUAGCCAACAAGCACAAUUACUUAUUAUCGCACUGAUUGUAUAAAUUAGAAAAGAAACUACAGCUUUACCACACAACACAAUAUUCCAACGAAAAACCUAGGCAAAUUAAACAAUGCCAGCAUUGGCAACAAGCUAAUCUCCGAGUGCAAAUAUUUAAGCGCGGGGAAAACGCGUAGAUAGUAAGAAUAAACUAGUGUACAGGUGAAGGAUUGCGUGUGAAUAGCGUGUACAUAAUGUAUAUAUUUGUGUAAGACCAAACUGGGAGUGACUAUUUCACAUUGGUUUAAAUCCAGCUAAAUGUCGUUAAAGGCCCGAAGAGUAUACAAAUUUAAUUUGAACAUCGAUGUCAACGAGAUCAUUGUUGCACGGACUGGACUUUGAGCGUAGAAUGACGCAUGACGAGCGUUAAAAUCGUGACUGAGUGUAAAAGCUUAAGCGAAAAUUAAUACUAAUCAAAUGCGACGAGGCGCUAAGUACUCAACUUCAGACAACCAGCGGAAAUAGUGCAUCUUAUUGUUGACUGCAACCACACAUAGGCAGAUACAGCAAAAAGAACUUUCCAAUUCACACAAUUUGAUUUUUCUCGCUAUUGCCCAUGAGUAAUGCCAGUUAAACAGGCCGAAUGUAAAGUUCACGGCUUUCAUAACGGACUUUCUUAUGCUGCAAUAACUGAAUAUUCGAAAUAAUACUCGAGUGUCAUGGGUCGCAAUAAAAUUUACGUAACUCGCUGUGAUUAGCUCUCGCAACAUUUCAGUUAACUUAUUGCUAAACCAGAAUUAGAAUUAUAACGCAUUGAAAUUAUUGUUUACAACAUUAACAAUCAUACACUUAACGCUAAGUCUAAAAUAAUUUGUAAUUGGAAUUUGUAAACUUGAGUGGAACUUGAGCGAUUUCAAUUACUUUGAUGACGUGUUUCGAUGAUAUAACAAGCACGUCUGUCUGAUAACGAUGAAACGAUGUGCAAUGCUAUUUGUGACAUAUCUAUAAAUUUAUUUAAAACAACAAUAGUGGAGAAUUUGAGAUGUGUUGAAUGAUAAGCUUGGUGUUUGUUAAUAAGUAAUAAGUUUUUGUUGAUUUUUUAAUCUCUAAACCAAAUGAAAUGUACGUAUAUCCAAAACAUAAAUUUGCACCGAACAAAGACAACUUGUAAGGUAUGAUUGGUGGCUUAGAUUUAAGAAAUGAGAAAAUUUGAUGAAAAUUUCCGUAAGUGUCUAAAUUCCUCUCAGCUGAGCUGCGACGGAAGCAAAUGUCUCUCGUAAUCAGAUUUCAAGUUUCAAUUUAACGCGCAUUCAUUGAAAUGUGAAACUUUAAUUACCUAACUCAACUAUGCUAUAAAUUAUACAUAUUAUAUUAUUAUAUGAAUUAUAUUUUAUAAAAUAACUGUUAAAAAUUG